AACAAAAAACAAUUUAAAUAAAACUGUUGAAUUAAAGAUAAAUAUUUCAUUUUUGAAUCAUUUCACAGGACCUUAUAGAAAGUCACUACGGAAUCGAGAGAAAGCUGCAACAAUUCAAAAUAAUGAUUCUAAAUCACCCCAAAAGUUAAUGUGUGCUCAGUCAGAAAAACGAGUUGCGUUGAGUUCAGAGGUAAUAGUUAUUUCUGAUGAGUCAGAACAUGAAGUAGAAGAUGAAGUGGAGGAAGUGGAAGAUGAGACGGAAGAGGUAGAAGAUGAGACGGAAGAGGUAGAAGAUGAGAUGGAAGAGGUAGAAGAUGAGAUGGAAGAGGUAGAAGAUGAGAUGGAAGAGGUAGAAGAUGAGAUGGAAGAGAUAGAAGAUGAGAUGGGGGAGGAACUAGAUGAUGAGAUGGAGGAGGUUCAAGAUGAUGAUAUGGAGGAGGUGCAAGAAGAUGAGAUGGAAGAGGUGCAAGAAGAUGAGAUGGAGGAGGUGCAAGAGUAUAAGGUGGAGGAGGCGCAGAGGUACAAAAUUGAGGUAAAUCAAGAAGAUUUUUACAAGUCUCCUUGGUCUAUAAAUCGUAACGAGUGUCCUAAUGUUAAUGGUGAUGAUGAUAAAGAUGAUGUUAUAAUUGUUGAUGAAGAAAUUGAGACCAUUAUGCUUUCCAGUGAUGAAGAACCAUUUAUAGAUGUGAAACCUUCAGAACCUUCAAAUACGGAUGUAAUCAUUCUUGACGAUAUUGAUGAAACAAAUGAGGUUGAUGAGAAUUCAAGUAACGUAACUGGAGAUAAACUUAUUCGAAGCUAUGGUAUCGUAGUGGAAGAUUCAUAUACACAAAUGCUAAAUUUAUCCUUUUUGAAACCCAAAGCAAAUCCAGACAUAUCCAUAAACAGCAGUGAUUCUGACAGCGAUAGCGAUACUUCAUCCACAUUUACAUCAACAUCUACAUCCACAUCUACAUCUACAUCCACAUCCACUUUAGUACAAGAAGCACCAAACACUAGCUUGCCAACUACUGAUAGGAUUUGUGCCACUGAUGUGAACAAUGAUAAAUCUAAAGAUAAUCCAUCGACUUCAACAAAUGAUUUGUAUCAACAAAAUGUAAUGGCAGCAGAGUGCAUUGAACCCCCUUUUACUUCUGCAAAUGUACUUGUUGUACCAGCCCCGCCGUCAUACAGUACAUACAGCACAUAUCUAAAUUCACCUGACGAAUCUGCCGAGACUUUUGUGGAAGUAGGAAAUAAACAACCGGAAGGAUUGACAUUGACAGAUCAAAGCAAAUCGAAAUUUGUUAGUGAGAAUGUCUCUGACUCAGACAUCAAUAGAAGUUCAGGAAAAAUUGCUGUAAAACGACCCCACGGUGCACCCUUGGACAAUCCGUCUGACGCCAAGAUCCUGAAAUGCACCGAGGAGUAUAUAAUUUCAGAAACUGAACCGGUUCAAAUGUCUAUCAACAAAGAUAGAUGAAGUAGGGAAUAUUUUCUGUUAUUUCUUUUGAUUUUUGGAAUUAUAACAUGAAUAAUUGUUUGAGUUAUGUUUUAUUACAGUUAUAUCUUUAAUGUAUUAAUAAGAAUUAAUCUGUGAUAAAAAAACUUUAUUGUAUCACUAUAUUUAAUGUUCCUGUUAA